GUUUUGUGUCCGAAGUCGUCGUGGAAGCUGCUAGAAAGAUCGAUCCGUGUGUCCGUGUGCUGGAAGUAGCGAGAUAAAUAUGUGGUCGGUGAGGUUAGGCGUCCUGGCGCUGGUACUGGGACUGUUUGGAGUAUCCGGCAUACAGGCACAAAAUGCCACAACAGGACCGAAGGUGCUUUGCUACUACAAUGGCAACCACUCGCUGGCAGAAGGUCUAGGCAAAGUGACCGUGUCCGAUAUUGAACUAGCGUUACCGUUCUGUACGCAUCUUAUCUACGGUUAUGCCCGGGUGAACCCUGAAACGUACCGAUUGUCUGCGCUGAACGAUGAUCUUGAUCUGGACUCGGGAAAGAGUCAUUAUCGCGCAGUAACAACCCUGAAAAAGCGUUACCCCGGUUUGAAGGUGUUCCUGAGCGUCGGUAACUAUUACGAUGUGGGCGAAGAGAAGCCGUUUGAGAAGUAUCUGACGCUGCUAGAGUCGGGUGGAUCGCGUACGGCGUUCGUGAACAGUGCAUACUCGCUGCUGAAGACGUACGACUUCGAUGGGCUCGAUCUGGCUUGGCAGUUCCCGCAGACGAAACCGAAACGAAUCCGCGGAUUUACCGGUAAACUGUGGCAUGGAUUUAAAAAGCUGUUCACCGGUGAUAGCAUCCUGGAUCCGAAGGCCGAUGAGCAUCGGGAGGAGUUUACGGCGUUGGUUCGCGAUCUGAAGAAUGCGUUCGCUCACGAUAAGUUCCAGAUUGGGUACACCCAGCUUCCCCAUGUGAAUCAGACCAUUUUCCUGGACAUUCCGCUGUUGAAGGAUAGCGUUGACUAUGUGAACAUUGCGGCGUACGAUCAGCAAACGCCGGAGCGCAAUCCGAAGGAGGGAGACUAUACGGCACCGAUCUACGAACUGAGCGAGCGCGUCCGGGGUAACAAUGUGGACGAUAAGGUUAAGGCCUGGCAUUCGCUGGGUACCUCGCUGGACAAGAUUAUCGUCGGUAUUGCAACCUACGGGCGUGGAUGGAAGCUUUCGGGUGAUUCGGGUAUAACGGGUGUUCCACCUAUUCCCGCCGAUGGUCCAUCACCGCCGGGGCCGUACACCAACAUUCCCGGUUUCUAUAGCUUUGGUGAGGUGUGUGCUAAACUGCCAAACCCGGGCAAUGCUAAUCUGAAGGGUGCUGAGUAUCCCUUGCGCAGAAUCAAUGAUCCAACGAAACGGUUCGGUCCAUAUGCGUUCCGUAUACCGGAUGAGAACGAUGAGCAUGGUAUUUGGCUGUCGUAUGAGGACCCGGAGAGUGCCGGUAAUAAGGCGGCUUACGUGAAGGCGAAAGGAUUGGGCGGUAUUUCGAUCAACGAUUUGGGAUUGGAUGAUUUCCGUGGCACGUGCUCAGGCGAUAAGUUCCCGAUACUGCGUGCGGCCAAGUAUCGGCUGUGA